AUGAAGAGACACUGGGGAGCUCUGCUGGGGCUUCUAUGGGUCCAGAUUUGCUGGGUGAGAGGGAUGAACGUGGAGCAGAGCCCUUCAACCCUGAGCCUCCAGGAGGGAGCCAGCUCUACUCUGAGGUGCAAUUUUUCUAGCGUAUUGAACAGUGUGCAGUGGUUCCGACAGAAUCUUGGGGACGGUGGCCUCACCUCACUGUUUUACAUAACUUCAGGGAUGAAGCAGAGUGGAAGGUUAAACUGCACAGUGAAUACUAGGGAACGGUCCAGCACCCUCCACAUCACGGCCUCCCAACUGGAAGACUCAGCCACCUACCUGUGUGCGGCGGAGGCACAGUGCUCCCUGGUGAUCUGCAGCCUGCACCCAAACUGCAGCUGGGCCUGCAGCCCCAGCCCUUCCCUGAGGAGGGCAUUUGCCCCCACAGGAAACUUUGCACAUUUUCAGACUUUCAGAUUUAUGUUACAGCAAUUUUUUCCCUCCAAAAUUAGAUCCAUCAGGACAGUCAUUUCACUUGGUUUUCUUGCCCUUUUUCUUCCCAGAAAGCCCUUUGCCUGUAAAAAUCUCUACCAUGGAACCUUUGGAGCAAGUGAUAGAAAUGCCCAUAUUGAUUGCCCUGGGAAAACAUGUCCUGGGAGCUAG